UCGGCCUUUGCGUUUUCCAUUUUCCAUUAAUGACGUCAAACCGAAACAAUCCGCUAGCUUGUCUAGCUAAAGUAAUGAAGCGCUAAGAGGAACCCCUGGUCCUGCUCGCAAUGCGGGAUAGAACCUCCGUUCAGUUGCUCUAUAAAAAGUUGGUACUUCACGCCAGUUUGUUGCAGAGCAAACUUUUAACUUCUCACCGACGGUUUUUUAAUUUAGCCCGAUAGCGAGCUAGGCUAGUCUGCGUAGUCAGCGUUCGCGGAGAUUUGAUAUGGCACACUGUGCACUUGGCAACACUUGCCAUCGCUGGGGUUAUAUUUUUAAUUGUCCCUUCUCAGUUACACGUAUCGGGUGUUUGUAGUGUCGGGGGUUGUUGGCUCUUCACGUCUCCGGCAAAGCGUCGUUAGCUAAGGUUCCUAGCUAACGCGUGCGGCUUGGAAUGGACUCGGGUGACUUGCGAGAGAGCCCAGCCGGCUCCGGAGAGUCAGAUACGGGGUACUGGAGGGAGGGGAUUCCCGGUGGGGAAGUCGAGAUCAAGGCGGCAGAAAAUAAUAAUGAACCUCGAGAGAUCUCGCACAUGGGUAAUUAUGAGGAAGGCGAAAAAGCAAAACAAAGAAAGGCGGAGGAACACAUGCACAGCCCGUACGAGGAGGAGCUGGACCCAAGAAUCCAGGAUGAGUUGGAACGCCUCAAUGAAGCCAGUGCAGAAAUCAACAGACUGGAACUACAGUUGGAUGAUGCAAGGUCAGGGUACAGGAAAAUCCUCACGGAGUCUGCCAGGAAGCUGAAUGCCCAGAGUUCUCAGCUUGGUAGCUGCAUAGAGAAAGCCAGACCAUAUUAUGAAGCUCGUCGCCUUGCAAAAGAGGCGCAGCAGGAGACCCAGAAGGCAGCUUUGAGCUACGAGAGAGCAGUUUCUAUGCAUACAGCUGCCAGGGAGAUGGUGUAUGUGGCAGAACAGGGCCUGAUGGCUGACGGUAGAAAUACCCUAGAUCCCACCUGGCAGGAGAUGCUCAACCAUGCUACAUCCAAGGUGAACGAAGCCGAGGAGGAGCGACUCCGCAGUGAGCAGGAGCACAUGCGUGUUACCCAUGCCUGUCAAGAAGCUGAGGCCCGGGUUCAGAUGCUUCAGAAGUCUCUCAAAAGAGCCAUCUUAAAAUCUAAACCUUACUUUGAGCUUAAGGCCCAGUUCAACCACAUCUUGGAGGAACACAAAACCAAAGUUCUGCAGCUGGAACAGCACGUAGCUAAAGCCAAGACCCGCUAUUCCAUCGCCUUGCGAAACCUGGAGCAGAUCAGUGAGCAGAUCCACGCUCAGCGUGUCAAGGGAGGACGGCCCUCUGUCUGCGGUGGCCGACGCCCUCCUGUUGGAGCAGAGUCCAAUACAGAAGUUCAAGAGGAAGGCGGCGCUUGCGGCGGGGUUGCAUUGGAUAAAGAUCAAUUAGAUGCAGCAAACAGCCUGGUGGAGAAGUACAAGGAGGAGAAUAAUGGAAAGGACAGGGACCGGGCAGGUUCAGAUUCCCUGUCCGUCUACAGUCUGCAGACCAUUGCUUCCGACUUGGAGAAAUACGACUCCGUCGAGCACCUUGGGGACCUGAGUGAUGUUGGGAGUGUAACAGGUGAUGAAGGGGAGAAAGAAAGAGGCGGUGGGGUGGAUAAAAGGGACAGGCUUAUUGAGGCGAGCGCCAAAGAGCGCCAGCAGCAGUUUUACAAACAGCACCACAGAAGCUUCAGUUUAUGAACUUACAUUGGUAAAACUAGAGUUUAUAAUGUAGGUCAACGAACGGGUACAGAUGACUGUGCCCCACAACAUACACAACAAUCACAGUGAAUUUAUUGUGUAAAUAAACACACACAGGCUGACUGACAUAUUAUUAGUCUGAUACAGAUCACAACAUAUUAAAGAACUAGUUAGGACACUUACUGUGAGCUACAGCUUACUUCCCUCAGCACAAACAAAGUAUGUUCACUCCCUCUGAGGGGCAACUUUAUUCCUUCAGCAUGAAGACGUCACACACAAUGAGCUAAAACCCUGUAUGGAAGCAUUUGGAAAGGCUUCAUUCCUUCCUUUCCUGGGCUAAUAAUUGAUCUAAUUUGGUGUGACUGUGGAAAACAAAUCUUCCAUUUUUAUCCCCCCUCAAGUCAUGUUGAGUCACAUUAGUGACCACUUCAAGGUAGAGGUGGCAGUGUGCGCUCUCCGUGCACGCCGACAUCUCUGCUCAGUUCGUCCUUAAGGAAAAAUGACAAAAACGAUUCUAUCAAUGCAGAGUAGCGAAGGCAUGUUUGUUUUCACAUUUCAUUUAUUUAUUUCUUGUAAGUGUAUUUAUUUUCUGCACGAAAGAAUGUUUUUCGAAAAUUCUUGAAAGAUUAAUACGAAUUGAGCAGUUUAAAAAAAAAAAAGUUGCAAGCAUGCACUCCUUGAAAGCUAUUUCGAGACGUUUAUGAUGGAAUCAGGGCUAUACAAUAAAAUUAACGCUGAUGUCAUUAAUGCUAAGAUAAGCUCCUAUUUUUGUUUUUACCUGCCAUGCUGUAGUGUACGAUGUAAAAGCACUUCUCAACUAUGUAUUUGUUUACAUUUCUACAUGUAACUUUAUUUGGCAGCAACUUUUUUUCUUAAAAAAAAUUGACCUUGUCAGUUGAAGUGUGCCUUGAUGCAUUGUCACAAACUUAGAAGUGUUUUAAUGUGAAGUCAUCUGGAGUUCUGAACAACUGCACUCUUGUACCAGUUGGUGUCAAACAUCGUUGCUGGUCAGACUUGAAGAGAUAUUGUGUUUACCUUCUGUAACUUGUGUUUUAUGAUAGUGUACUUUGGUUCAGUUUAAGAUGUAACAUCAGUGAACUCAAGAAAUGACUUGUAAAUGUAUGUAAUUAUUAGGAAAUUGGAAGAUAUUAACAUGUACAGAUGCGGUUGUGAAUUCAAUAUUUACAAAUACGUUGUACAGAUGUUACAAUCCCCCACACUUUUGUGUGUCUGUAUUUAAAAUAUCUGGCACUUUUAAUCUGCUGUCUUGUUUUGUCAGAAUCUCAUGCUGUCCAGUUUGUCAAACCUCUAUUUAAUAAACCAGAUAGUUCCUGAGA